AUGCAAAGGGGUUGGAGAGGGUUUAUCCCUAUCUCAUGUGUUGCUUCUGUUAACGUGAAUAAGGAGUCUGAACAAGAAAUUGUGAACAAUGUGAAGGUCUUCACGGAGCAUAGUGCUAUCUGUAGAUUCAAGGGUAUCUUGGCAAGCCUCCCGGAGCUGCACAAAUGGAUUUCCCAGCAUUGGGAUCCCCUCAUUUCUGGUAUAGUUCACAUUUUCCCUAUGGCUAAAGGUUUCUUUGUUGCUAAAUUUAAGGAUGCUAAUGAUAGAAGAAAAAUCUUGUGUGAAAGUUUUUUCUCUGAGAAAGAUAAUAUGUCACUGUUGGCCAAACCUUGGUACUCUGAUUUUAACCCCCUUUCAGAGACAUUCAACAAAAUUUUGAUUUGGGUUAGGCUUCCUUACCUUCCUUUACACUUGUGGGCUGAUUCUCUCUUUGAGGAUAUUGGUGGUGCUAUCGGGAGCUUCAUUAUGACGGAUAAUGAAUCCUAUGGGCUUUAUCAUACUACGUUUGCUCGCAUUCUGGUUGAGCUAGAUGUUUCUAAGAGUCUGCCAACAGAAAUUGUUAUUAACUCCUCAUUUGGCAGUUGGGUCCAAACCUUGGAUUAUGAGGGUAUUCCUUUCCGGUGUUGUAGAUGUUUCAAAACUUUUCAUAUGGCAGGGAAUUGUGGGAUUGAGAAGAAAAGUUCUUCGGCUUCUUGGUGGUCGGGGGCCUCUCACUAG